AUGGCCGGCCACAAGACGAGGGAGUCCUCGAAAGGCGAUGUGGACCCAAAUUCCGCCAAAUCUCACAAGCGAAAGAGAGAUCAGAAUGUCCCCCAGGUCGCCACCUCUCCCACGCCGACGAAAAAGCAUAAGAAGCGCGAAAGCUUGUCAACCGAACAGUCAACCGAGCACGAUGAUGGCAGCACCAAAAAGCGCAAGCGACUCAAGGAUGCUCUCCAGGGAGAAGAUUCCCCGCAAACGUCCAAGAAAGAAAGUGCUAUCUCGGCAAACCGCAGCAAAGAGAGUACUACAGACUCGCGUCACGAUGUCAGUGAAACGGGAAAGAAGUCGAAGAGCGGCAAGCGAAAGAGCACUAGCGAGAGCGACAAAUUGGAUGAUGAGGUUGCACCUGUAAAUGCAGAUAGCGACGAUGAGGAGGUGGAAGCCAAACCCAAAACAUCCAAGAACAAGCACUCGGGUAUUCUGUCGAAAUUCGAGCGCACCAAAACUGUCGCCAGCUCCAAAUCCAAGAAGCCCGAGCCUGAAACUGUCGAAGAUGAGACGCCUGUUGUGGAACCCGUCUUUGCACAGGGCCUCGAGCCAUUGCCGCAGCCUGAAAAUCCCCCAGAGCUAGAGCAACUCCCAACUUAUUCCUCUCUACCUCCCUGGCUGGCAAACCCUCUACGGAAGUCGGCCGACGUCAGAUCCGAGUUCUCCGAAUUGGGGAUCAAGCCAGACCUUCUCAAAAUUCUCCAACAGCAUGACUACAAAGAAGCAUUCGCUGUACAGUCCACUGUUAUUCCCCUGCUUCUUCAAGGCGAGCAGAACCACCCUGGCGAUCUCUGUAUUUCUGCAGCCACUGGAUCUGGAAAAACACUUUCCUAUGUCCUUCCAUUGGUCACUGCUCUAACGCCACGACCUGCCUCGAGACUAAGGGGUUUGAUUGUAGUUCCCACCCGAGAACUGGUGAAGCAAGCCCGUGAAGCCUGUGAACUUUGUGCUACGGGAUCGCGACUUCAUAUUGGAAGCGCAGUGGGCAAUGUGGCCAUCAAAGAUGAACAGAAGCAAUUGAUGCGAGUGGACCAGGUUUACAAUCCAGCCAUUCAACAGCAACAACGGGAUGGACUGGUAGGGAAUGACUGGAUGAACCUGAGCCUUGAAAAUUGUGUCAGCGAAGCAGUCGACUCAAAUGGUUCUCUUCCUGGUUACAUCCAACGAUCAGAGCCCAACGUUGACAUUCUUAUUUGUACCCCUGGCCGUCUAGUUGACCACAUUCGUUACACUAAAGGCUUCACAUUGCAGCAUCUAGAAUGGCUCGUGAUUGAUGAGGCUGAUCGUCUCUUGAACGAAAGUUUCCAAGAACCUUCGGCCCUGGCGGCAAACUUCUAUCGGAGCUUGGACUUUCUAUUGAAGCCAAGCCACCUAGAAAAGGUGAUUCUGAGUGCAACAAUGACUCGCGAUAUCUCGAAGCUCAAUUCGUUGCGCCUUGCCAACCCUAAGAUGAUUAUCAUCGGGUCCGAAGAUGCUUCAAACGAGGAAGACCUAUCUGCCACUCAUCCCGAUGCUCACUUCGCCUUGCCACCAACCUUGUCCGAACACAUUGUUCAAGUCGGCGACGGAUCUCUCAAACCGCUUUACCUGCUGCGUCUCCUUCUAUCUCACAUUGAUCUUAGCGGAGAUCUUGCUUCCAACGUUUCUGAUUCAUCCGACUCUGACAGCACCAGCUCCGAUGACACCAGCGAUGACGAUACUAGCUCCGAUGAAUCGUCCGAUGAUGACACUUCCUCUUCUGGAUCUGAUUCGGAAUCCGAGUCUGACUCUGACUCCGACUCUGAUUCGUCGUCUGAUUCCGAUUCUUCAGACGAGUCUUCGGACGCUGACUCGGAAUCUGAUGCCAUGGACCUGGUGCCUGAGUCGACGCGCAAGACUGUCUUGAUCUUCACCAAAUCAUCAGAAUCUGCCUCACGUCUCUCACGCCUCAUCUCGCUUUUACACCCACCACUGGCUAAGCGUGUAGGAACAAUCAUCAAAUCUAACAAGUCUUCUGCAUCUCGCAAGACCCUGACGGCUUACCGCCAAGGCCGUAUCUCGGUCAUCGUGGCCACCGACCGUGCUUCUCGCGGUCUUGAUCUCCACUCUCUAACUCAUGUUGUCAACUACGACAUCCCAACAAGUGUUACUACCUAUGUCCAUCGAGUGGGACGUACCGCACGUGCUGGCCGGGCAGGUUCGGCGUGGUCUCUGGUUGCUCAUCGCGAAGGUCGCUGGUUUGCCAACGAAAUUGCUGCUAGUGUGGAUGGCCGGAUUACACGUACCUCAAACAUCGAUCGUGUCCAGAUCAAGCCGGACUCACUCGGCUCGCUCAAGCCCAAGUACGCGAAGGCCUUGGACAAGCUUGAGAAGGAGGUUAAACGCGGCUAG